AUGGGCGGUAUGCCCCACUGAUUCCGAUUACAGUUAAGGCUAUGAGUUGAGCUCUGCAUUUUGCAGUGGUUAGGGAUUAGGCUUUAAUGGAUGCAAAUCAUUUGGAUUGCUCAAGAAAUUUCAUUUGUAGUUUGUCCACUCUGAACAGUUUAAAUCACAAAUAGGCUGGUUCCGUCUUUGCCUUCCCUCCCACUCCCAACUCUCAUUCUAAUAAUGCAUUGAAAAUGCACCUUGAAAAUGCUUAAGAUAUUGCAUAGCUAUUUCUCCUGUAAAGCUUUAUGUGUGUGUGUGAGCGAAUGUGAGAGAGAGGGAGACUGAGAUUGAGUGUCUUAAUUCCAUCUCUGCUAACACUUUGCACCAUGCACGUCCCUAAUCCGACCGGCCUGUUAAAAGGUGCCACACCACUUCAGGGGGCUGCAGAGCACAUCUUACUUUCACAGGAUCCAGCCAUCCUUUCCCCCCCAUUUGCACUGCAGCUGCACGACAACACUCCCUCAUAGUAUUUUAUUCUGAGAAGAGGCACAGACUGUUUUAUCUUGUGUCAAAGUCUCAGAAGGAGAGAAAAAACUUCACCAGCUGCAGUCAUGAAUGGCACAGAAGGACCCAACUUUUAUGUCCCCAUGUCUAACAAGACUGGGUUGGUUCGCAGCCCAUUUGAGCACCCUCAGUACUACCUGGCUGAACCCUGGAAGUACUCUCUUGUGGCUGCGUACAUGCUGUUCCUCAUGAUCACUUCCUUCCCCAUCAACUUUCUCACCCUCUAUGUCACCAUCAAACAAAAAAAGCUAAGGACCCCUCUGAACUACGUCCUGCUCAACCUGGCGGUGGCCGACCUCUUCAUGAUCAUUGGAGGCUUCACCGUCACCCUCUACACAGCCCUGCAUGGAUACUUCAUUUUAGGAGUCAUUGGCUGCUACAUUGAAGGAUUCUUUGCCACCUUAGGAGGAGAGAUUGCUCUCUGGUCUCUGGUGGUUUUGGCUAUUGAGCGCUACAUUGUGGUCUGUAAGCCAAUGACCAACUUCCGCUUUGGGGAGAAACAUGCCAUCGCUGGGCUGGCAUUCACAUGGAUCAUGGCGCUGACCUGUGCAGUUCCCCCUUUGUUGGGAUGGUCCCGGUACAUCCCAGAGGGAAUGCAAUGUUCCUGUGGGAUUGACUACUACACUCCCAAGCCUGAGAUCAACAACACCUCAUUCGUCAUUUAUAUGUUUGUCCUCCAUUUCUCUAUCCCCCUCUUCAUCAUUUUCUUCUGCUAUGGUCGCCUGCUCUGCACUGUGCGAGCGGCUGCUGCCCAGCAGCAGGAGUCUGAAACCACCCAGAGAGCGGAGAAAGAGGUGACACGUAUGGUUAUUGUCAUGGUGAUCUCCUUCCUGGUGUGCUGGGUGCCCUAUGCCAGUGUGGCUUGGUACAUCUUUGCCAAUCAGGGAACUGAGUUCGGACCAGUUUUCAUGACUGCCCCAGCCUUCUUCGCCAAGAGUGCUGCUCUGUACAAUCCAGUAAUCUACAUUCUGCUAAACAGACAGUUCAGAAACUGCAUGAUCACCACGGUGUGCUGUGGAAAAAACCCAUUUGGAGACGAUGAGGCAACCGCUACUGCUGUCUCCAAAACUCAGACUUCAUCAGUCUCCUCCAGCCAGGUGGCCCCCGCUUGACCUGUACCCCCUCCUCCCCCCUCAAUGUCCCAUCUGUCCCUGCACACCUAGGGACCCACCACCGCCAAGCAGCACUGCGUUCUAUUGGCCAAUCCUCUUGACUUACCUCUCCAUGUGUCUCCACUGCAGCGGCACAACCGCACCUUUUGGUGGGACUGAAAUACUCAAGAGCCAGCAUGUGUAUUUUCAAUCCACUUUAAUCAUGGAAAGAGUUCAGCUGGCCUCACAGAGUUUAACCCGGCAUCAAAGGGGUGUUGUCUGUGUGAUUAUCCAACUGAACCCAUUCCAAGUUCCCCGCUACCCAAAAAACACAUAAUAGGUGAAAAUCUAAUUCAACACUGCAUGAUUUCAUCCUCAUCAGCUCUUGUUCAAGUAAUUGUUGCAGCUAUGUAUCCUCAAAAUGCGCUUUAAACAAUCGAUUUUAUGAAUACUUAGGUGAACUUAGUCAGGAAUUUGUUUAGAUAUCUCAGAUGAGUUUAUAAGGCAUCAGACGGGGGCUGUCCUCUGGUCUCUCUGUCUCUGUUCUUGUCUUUAUGGUGACAAAGCUGAGGUUGUUGUUUUCUUUUGCCCUCGACUGAGGCAUGAGUGUAAACAGAUGGACCUGAAAAGAGCCUCUACAGGGAGAAGGUGCCUCCUGCAAGAGAGUGUGUGUGUGUGUGUGUGGAAGAUGUUUAUGUGUUUGAAUGGAUGUAAGAAUGUCACUGUGUGUCUUAAAGAGAUAUUAUUUUGUUCAUUAUGUAAAGGCUAGUCUGUUGUGGAAGUUGUUCUGUGUCCUGCAAUAAAAACAAAGCUAAAUGUCUGCACAACUUUUCCCUUACUCGCUUUUUUACAAGGCUUUCUGAGAAGUUCCAGAUGCUAGUUUGCGGGCUUUUGGGUGGCAGGCCAGAUGUUAAUGGUUCUCAAAUGUUAUAAUUUGCUAUGCUGUAAUGCAUUUAGAUAUGAAGCACUUUGAGACUUAGUACAAUAAACAUUGUCAUCAUUAAACACAAUAAAUCCUAAAUACUGUAAUUUAUUUCACAAACUCUAACAAGUCAUUUGGCAUCACAAAUACAGUCUCUCCUCAGAUUAUAUUGAGCUCACAUUUUUUUUUCUCAUAAAUGUAAAUUUCCCUCUUUGAAAUUGGUCAGAAUCCACCAUGAAAUUAAUUCGUUUACAACCACACUGAUCGACACUUCUAUACUGAUGCAGCUCUUCCCAGUAAACUGCAUUACAUCCGAUUUCAUAAAUUUUUGUCAUUUAU